GGUCAGCCCGGAAGUGUUGCUAUGGCGGCGGUGCCCCCCUUCAGUGGCCUGGUCUCCGUAUUGGAAACCUACCGGGGCAGAGAUCGAGUGAUACGCAUCAUCUGCUAUGGCUGCCGGCUGGCUGGUGGAAUUUUGGUGGCCAGAAGACAGCCUGGAGAACCAUCCCUUGGCCAAGGCCUCCUGGCUGUUUCAGCACAACUGAGUCACUGUCGAACAGUUCUACGCCUUUUUGACGACCUAGCCAUGCUUUCCUAUAGCUGUCAGUAUGGACUGGGGAACAAGGAGAAAGAUACAGCAAUGCGCUGGCUUUCCAUCUUCAACAACAUAGCUGAUCAGCUUUAUUACCCCUGUGAGCAUAUUGCCUGGGCUGCUGAUGCUGAAAUUAUCCAUGCCAACUCAAGUAGGUGGUGGACAUUCAGUACAACUCUCUGGGGCUUUUCUCUGCUGCUGGGAAUUGCACGAGCUCUCCGAAUUUUAUUACUCCUAAGAAGAAAGCAGCAUACAGAAUCCAGAGAUUUCUCUCAGAAAACAAGAGCUGAAAUGCGCCUACAAGUCUUGGCCAUCCUCAGCAACCUGGCUGACCUUGCCAAUGCCAUCCACUGGUUGCCUCCAGGAAUUCUCUGGGCUGGAAAGUUUUCUCCAUGGCUUGUGGGCCUCAUGGGAAGCAUUUCUUCCUUCAUUGGGAUCUAUCGAAACUAUGCAGAGGGCAGUUGUGGAAUGGUUUGAACAGCUGCUGAAUUGAAUGGAGAAAAGGGGCUAUCAGGGGAAUUUAUAAACGGUUACAUAAUCCCUGUUGAAAUGGGGAGAGUAAUUCCUAUUAUGGUGGAGGCUAGAUUGGUAUUAGGCUCUUCUAUUAAAACAUGGUGCUGCUUUUAUAUAACACAUAGGCACUUUUCUGGAGGAUCUAUUUGGGAGAGUUUAUAGAGCAGGGCUGGCUGAGGAAUUCUGGGAGUUGAAGUCCACAAAGUUGCCAAGGUUGGAGACUCCCUAUUAUAGAGUUUAGUUUGCCUACUUCACUCUGUGUAUAGGUAGUCCUUGACUUACAACCACAUUGGAGCCUGGAAUUUCAGUCAUAAGUCAUUGCAGUCGUACGUCAAAGCACCUCAUGACCAGACUUGAUUUUACAAUUGCUUUUACAAUGGUCGUAAAGUGAGCCACUCUGAUUGUUAAAUGAAUUACAUGUUGUUAAGCAAAUCUGUUCUUCUAAAUGGGCUUUGAUAUUGGCAAGAAAACCCAGAAGCUGGUGAAAACAUCACGAAUUGUGCUCCCAUGGUAACAGGAUGCUACAAUCAGUGGUAAAUGCAAGCCAAUUGCCUUGCGCCCAAAAUGUGAUCACGUGACUGCGGGGAGGGGGCAGCAGUCAUAACCUCAAGGACCAGUUAUACAUAGCUUUUUAACAGUCUGUUGUAAUUUCAACCUGUUGUUAGCUACCUUAAGGGGCAAGUGGCUGCCCUGCUUAGUUAAUUUGGCUAUGGUUUUUUAAUGUGAAGAAUACAGUCUUGCUCUUUGUACAUCAUGUUAAUGUGGAACCAUUAGGGCUGAUAAUAAAAGAUACAAUCUCACACUUUCCCUUACCUUUCCCAGUCCUAAAACCUGGUGUAAAUCAAUCAGCACCCACCAAGCCAUAAUAUACAAAUUGUAAACCAAAACACACGAGACACUUUUACAUUGGAGAAGAGUGUGCUGAAGCAGAAUCUAGUCGAAUAUGUUCAAAAGAACCCAGAAGAAGGUUGCUAAUGGCUGAAUAAGAAGGAGAACACAGAUUAUUUUCCAGCUCUAUAACAGCACUUCUAAUUUUUAAUACUGAGGUGGGAGAUUAUAUGGCCUUUUUGCUAUAUUAUGAAGAAAGCUACAAAAGGUAAACCUAAUGCUAUUUUUUAAAUCGAGUGAUAGAUUCAGUUAAAAUAUGUCUGUUCUGCUACUGUAAUCUUCUCAGGCCAGACACUAUGGUUUGGUGCAAACACGCAAGGUAAAAUUCAAUAAUAGGUUCUAUGUAUGAAUGAACUUAUUUGUUUAGUUGCCUUAUUUACAAUUCUCUCCCUGUCCUUUGCUCCCAGAUAAUACCCCAUCUGAUUUUAACCUCCGGCUCUCCCCUGCCCUCACUAAAACUCUAAUUUGUGGACAGUAAAUAGAUAUGGCCUUCCUUUAAACAACCGGAACAAGAACUACAGAGAACCGUAUAGAGUACAUGAAAUUCUUAGGACAGGAUUCUUCCUGUCAAUGAUUGACCAGGCGGGUGAACUCUUUGGGGAUGGUCUGGAGAACCAUGACCUUUACCGGUUUCUCAGGAGAGUGAGUAGACACUGAUGAGGCUAUGACUGUCACCCCAGUGAGGGUGGACUGGACUACCACACUGGAUCAGAGCAAUGAAACAGGAGAGGAGAAGGAGACCUCCAAAGCUAACAGCACUAGAAACCCAAUCCUUUUCCAACCAGAGAAGAUUCCGCCAAAUGAGUUGAAGUCAGCUGCCCCACCCCAAAUCUGCACUGGGACAUGUGUAAGUUUCCUUAUUCUGGCAGCUGACUCCUCUACAACUUUAAGAGAGUCAUCAAAUUGUAGGCAGCAGUUGUUAGGUUUGCAUUUCCUGCAAACUCCACCUUCUUGAGCAACUCCACCUUCUUGAUAUCCAGUGAUCUCAACGUCCAGGGCGAACUGGGAGCCUUGGGGGUUGAAGCAUAUGGGGUUUCCAUUAUUGGGACAAAUCUCAUAAGUGAUGGUGUUGUGGACACAGGACGUGGUUUGCUCCUUACAAUUGUAGUGGGAAUGGUAGACGAAGGUCUUUGUGACCUUGUUUCCGUGGUGGGUAGUGACCAAACAUUGCUCACACUGAGACUGGGAGACUACAGCUUUGGGUGUAGAAAUCCCUAGGAUGAAAAGCAUUAAGACAAGUUGUUGAGCCAAAGUAAAGGUGGGCUGCAUCUCUUCCUUGUCCCAGGAACUUGCGGGGAAACCACCACAGCAAAUCAAGAAAAGAGCAAACACAACAAAUACAGCAAACCAAGCCUAUUCAACGUGUGUCUAGGCCAUGUAGGAGAACAGGUCAGCGGGGGAAGCUGGAGUGUGGUGAAGUUUCAGCUUGAGUCUAUCUAGAUGCUGGGCUUGUCACCAUUCAGAAGGCUCACCAACGUGCUUGACUCUUGAUCCGUGAACCCACGCUUUGAAGCCUUCCACCUUCACGGUCACUGGAGUGCUUAGGAGUCCCUGGCGAGGUAUGGACCACCUGGGUUCAGUGCAAACAGGGAAACAGUUCUUUAAUUCUUACCCACUGACCUGGUUCAGCCAGUGAUGGCGCAUCAGCAGCCAGGUAGAGCAGACUGGACCUGUUUAGAGAUGGAAGACAAAACCUGCACCAGAUUAUGCAAAUAUUGGGAAAUAUUUCUUUCCCCUUUGCAGGAGUCCUGGAGGGUAGUUGCAACAAAGGGCCUCUCAUAUAUUAUUUCAAAGGGUGACAGUCCCAAUUUCCUUGAAGGCAGGGCCCUAAUUCUGGCUAAGGUUAUUGAUAACAUUUUUGGCCAUGGGAGUUGGGUUUCCUGACAAAUUUUGGAUAGCUGUAUUUUUAAAGUUUGGUUCAUGUGUUCCACUUUUGCUGAGGCCUGGGUCCUGUAACUAGAGUGGAGAUGUCAAGGGAUGCCCAGGAAUUUACUAACAUACUGAGCAGCCUGUGAGGUAAAAUGCCUUCCACUGUAACAAUUUUAAGUUAUUGUACCAGCCAUAGUAUACUGUAAC